AUGAAGGUGGAGCUAUGUCGCCAGUUGUCGGAUGAGCUAAAACAAAAACAGGCAGCCACCGACAGCUUAAUUAACAAAAUCCUGUAUUCUAAAAGAUUGCUGGUCGAUCAUGUGGAAGCACUGGAACAAUGUAUGGCCUAUAUGCAAGAAAGGUCAUUGGAGUCGAGCAACGACCCUGCCGCUGGUACGGAUGCAACAGACUCCAAUGGGCCAACAGGCAACCAUCUGGGAAUAAAUACACAAUGGCCAGAAAUAUUUACGGCGCGCAAUACUUGCCUGUUAUUGGGUUCCACCGUUUUGGAACAUUUUAUUACACCACGUGCACUGCGUCUUCUGCUCGUGCCGUCAGCAAUUGUUGCCGGCAGUUUCAGUGCCCUUUACGCGGUGAAAAAAGUUUUCGGGUUUCGUAAUAAAAUCGUGGAACGUGAAUUUGAGAAUCUCAUACGCACAAUUGAUGACUUCGGGAAUUGUAUACGACGCAAUAUGACCUAUUUUAAUGAGAUAAUCAUAAUGAAGCAACAGGAACUAAUAGAAUCACGUCAAAUCGAAAGAGCUUGGGAUUGUAUUACCGCAGCCAAGGAAGUGACUGAAAUUUUAUUUGAAGCCACCCGGAAAUUGGAAUCACAAUAUCCCUUACCAGCUCGAUUCUCACAGUAUUAUGCACCAAUGGAAGACUUAAAAGAAUGUGAUUAUUUCAAAACUAACGUUACCGAUUAUAGUCCAAAGCAUAUUAAAGAUUUUCAUAACAUCUUCGCCUAUGUCCAAUCACAGUUCCUUCUCCGAUUAGCAUUAACUGUCUACACUAAGCCGUCUUUGAGUUGCCUAAAUGAAGAAUUAGUAAAAAUCGAAUGCCUUAUCAGACAAUUGGUGAUGGAAGAGGAGAACCACUUUAAAAAUCUUGCCAUUGAGCAGAAUAAGAAAAAAUCUCUAGAGUUGGAGGAACUCAACGCCAGCCGAGCUCUAAGGACAAGAAAUGAUCCGGUCGGAAUAUUGCAGGACUCUUCACUAAAGCUGAGCGCUUGUAUGGUGGCUGUGGCUGCAGAAUGCCAAGCUUUGGACAUAACCCUGCAAAGACUUACAGAAACAGAAAAUGUCAAAAAGGAUAAUGCCAAACACUUAGUCGAGGUUGCCAACAAUAUGCGCAGCAUUGAAAAUGCAUUGUCAUUGUGCUUCGAUGACUUCCAGCGUCUAAUGUUGGUUUAUAAUAAAUUCCUGAAUAGUAAAUUAGAUUUGAAGGAACCCAGUGAGAAGAGUGAUACUAAAUCGCAGGAUACGGAUGAUGAAUUUCCUGAAAGCUUUUUGCGUGUGGAAAUUUCACAGAAUCCCAAUGACGCCGAAAAGACCGAUGACUUUUAUGCCUACAUGUUUGACGAAAAACAAGCCAAGCUGGAGCAAGAACAAUUAGAGAAAGAACAGCUGGAGCAGCGUAAAGAAGAUUUGGAAAUAUUAAAUUUUGAGAAACGGAUAACAAAAGGUCGUUUUAAACCCGUUUUGAAGCAGCUAAAGGGUCGCAUAGAUCCUAUACGCAAGGUCAUGUUACAAAAGGAGCGUGAAGUGUUGGCCGCAAAGGGCAUUAAUGUCGACGAACUAUUCGACAAUGAGGACUGCGAAAGUUUUGAGGAAAAAUGUAAUUCAACGGAAAAACAAGUUGACGACGAUGAUGUCUCUGAUGAGGGCAGUGAGGGUAGUGGCGAUUUAGAAUAUGAACGCCGCACAAAGAAACUAAAAGAACGCGACAACUUUGCUGAAAUGCGCAACUUUUUGGCCCAAAAGCCGGCAAUUAAUCUCUUUAAGUUAGAUGUUCCGCCCACACCAUCUAAUGCCUUGGGCGAAGAAGACAUUUUGGAAAGCGAGUGUUAAACAUUCGCUUUGCGUUUUGCA